AUGUCGGACAGAUCCGUAAGGCUGUCUAAGUAUUUCAGCCUGAUUGAGAAAGGUGAGAGAAAGGUGGAGAAGGUCUCUGACGCGACGCUCUUCCUAGAGGCAUUGUGCAAACAGCAAGAUCCGCUAUUUUGCAUCGAGAGGCUCGUUUCAAGUCCCCAUGCUCUGGCAUCACUACAAAAUAGCAUCCGGUUUGACUUAUCUACCAAAUUCCUCAAUGGACCUAUAGAGCGUUUUCUCACAUACCUGAGAACCCCUGGUAUCGAACAACUUUGCAACGGCCAAUUUCUUCGGAAGAUUAUCUCCUCCUUGGUAGACCCUCCGACAUUCUGGAACGCGUUUGUAAAUGGGCACAAUCAAAAGGUCCUUACCGAAGCUUCCGAUGUUGCAUUUGCAUGGAUGCUAUUGCAGUUGUUGACAUCACCCUCGUGUGGAGAUGACAUUCACAAGACGGCCAGAAAUGCUAUUGACGAUCGCUCGCUUCUUGAGUCUCCGUCCCUUGAAGUCCGAACACUCGGGUACAAGGUCCAGAACGUCCUAGAUAUUAGAUCCACAGAUCUCUCCCAGUUUGGAGAUCAUAAGCCAGGGGGGAGACAUGACAAUGAUUUUGAAGAUUUUCGAAAAAUCUCCAUCCUUCCAACUCCAGACGAAAUUGCAUCCACGGAACAGCCUUUUUAUCGAGAAGCACACCAAAUAUAUGAGGCUGAAUCGGAGCAUCGCCCGGCGAUGCAUUAUGACAACCAAUUCCGCUUAUUAAGGGAAGAUUUUCUGGCAGAGCUACGAAAUGACUUGCAAGUAGCCCAAGGGAGGAGGAGGGGAAAGAGAACCGCGGGAUUGAUUAGUGGACUUACUUUCAAGGGUAUGGAUUGCGGAACCGAGACGAGAAAGAAACUAUGCUCGCUGACUUUCCUCUGUGAGAAAGACGUUCCGCAGAUGACUGGCAUUCCGAAAUCGGGGAGAAUGGCGUUCCUCACCAAUAACAAGAACGUUUUGAAACACCAGUCUUUCGGCUGUUUGGUGCAAGGCACGGAUAUCGUGGCAUUCGCUUCUGUUGAUCGAAACGAAAGUCUUCUUGCAGAGGAUAUUCCCGUUCUUGCUUUACAGGUAGUAGAAAGCGAGGCGGUCACAAGGGUACUCACCAGAGCCAAACAAGCCACGCCCUUUCAUUUCAUCGUCGUGGAUACUGCGGUUUUUGCCUACGACUCCAUUCUUCAAAGAUUGCAGGAGAAAUCCGACUUCCCUCUUUCUGGCUGUUUGUUGUCUUCAGAGCCAUUGCUACAAAGUCUCGAGAUUGGUAGCAAACUAUCGAGCAUGGUCGAAAAGCUCAGAGCGACGCAGGGCCAAAACAUUCAUCGUGUCAUGGGAAUAUCUAAAACGGUUUCGCUGGAUCAGUCGCAGUUCGAGUCGCUAAUGGUGGGUUUGGUUCACACGCUGAGCCUUAUACAAGGACCACCAGGAACCGGAAAAUCUUUCAUCGGAGCUCUUCUCGCCAAAAUUUUCCACGAUCAUACGAAUGAAACUAUCUUGAUCAUCUGUUAUACUAACCAUGCUUUAGACCAAUUCUUGGAGGAUCUCAUGGACAUUGGCAUACCGGAUGAAUCUAUUGUUAGGCUAGGAUCCAAGUCGUCAGAGAGGACCAAGAAGCUUGGCUUAGCCGAACAGUCUGCCCAUCGAAGGGGCCCUCGACUCCCAUGGGCCUUCAUUUACGAAUUAAAAGACGAAUUAAAAGAUCUGGAGCAGAAGUUGAGGCGAACCCUGGCGCGGUACCAACAGGAUGUUACGUACGAUCAUCUGAUGCAGUAUCUUGAAUUUUCAGACGAUGCAAGCUGCUACGACGCUUUUCUCUUGCCUGAGCAGGAAGAUAGAAUGCAGAGAGUAGGAAAAGGAGGGCAGAAAGCCGGGAAGUAUUAUUUGAUCAAUCGUUGGGUCUAUGGGCAGAACGCCGGGAUCUUUCAACACGAAGUCGAGGAACAACACUCCAAUAUCUGGAAAAUGCCUCUUCAGAGUCGAACAGAAUUAUUGAAAGGCUGGACAAGGAAUAUUCACCGUGAGCAUCUGGAGGAAAUUGUACCACUGUUUCAGGCUUUCAAUCGCAUUCAACGCGAGAUUGAUGAUUCAAUUUACCAGACAAAGAAUUCCGAUAUAUUCACGACGAAACGAAUUAUUGCUUGCACAACUACAGCUGCGGCAAAGUAUACCCAGGCACUAGAGGCGGCCAAGGCCGGAAUCAUCUUAGUUGAAGAAGCUGGAGAAAUCCUCGAGAGCCACGUUCUGACUGCGAUGACAAAGAAUACGAAACAAUUAGUCUUGAUUGGAGAUCACAAGCAACUACGUCCAAAGGUCAACAACUACAAUCUGACCGUUGAGAAAGGUGAUGGGUUUGACCUGAAUAGGUCAAUGUUCGAGAGGCUAGUGCUCCAAGGCUACCCGCAUACCACUCUUUCUAAACAGCAUCGAAUGUGUCCUGAAAUUUCACGACUAAUUCGACGUCUCACUUAUCCUGACCUCCUGGACGCGGAGAAGACUCUGAAUCGGCCAAAACUUCGUGGGUUCCAAAGUAAUGUCAUGUUUGUGAACCAUGAACGGCCGGAACUUGACCUAAGUGGUGUUUCAGAAGCGCGAGACCCGACGAUGAAAGCGAGUAAGCAGAAUCCGUUUGAGAUCGAGAUGGUUCUUAAGUGCAUCCGCUACCUUGGACAGCAAGGGUAUGGAACAGAUAAGAUUGUCGUCCUGGUACCUUACCUUGGACAGUUGCAUCUUCUUCGGAGGGAGUUGAGCAAGAAUAAUGAUCCGGUCUUGAAUGACUUAGAUUCGCAUGACCUCGUCCGGGCUGGUCUCAUUACGCCCGCCAGCGCAAACAUGAAAAAGCGCCAAAUACUGAUCUCCACCAUUGACAAUUAUCAAGGAGAAGAGAGGGACAUUGUAAUUUCGUCCCUCACCCGCAGCAACGACAGAGGAGAUGUGGGAUUCAUGGCUGCACCGGAACGUCUGAAUGUACUUCUUUCUCGAGCACGCAACGCAUUGAUUGUCAUUGGAAAUUUCAAAACCUUUCGUGAGAGUCGCAAAGCAAAGGUGUCGUGGCAACCCUUGUUUGACCUUCUAAACGAGAAAUGGCGAUCCUACAAGAACCUCGAAAAUUUGACACUCAGUGUCCCGAUGGAGGUUGUGCUGAUCCUUGUACGUCGACACUCCGGUGUGGUGUUCACGUCUGUCCCCAACGGUGUCACCAGCUCUAUGACCAUUCGAAAAUGGACUGUUGUAGCAUUGUUGAAAGCACAUGUCCUAAGAAACAUAGGUACAGUUGGAAAUGCCACAACGGUACGCCAAAGUUAUGCCCUAAAUAAAAAGGUUGAGGAACAACGAAAGCAACGAGAUUUUGAGUUGGAGCUCAAGCGACAGGAACGCCAAAAACAACACGCCAGGCAGCUGGCUGAGAUCCAGCAGAACAUCGACGAGCAGAAACAAAUUAUGAAAGACGUUGCCGAUGAGAAGGAGCGGCAAAGCCUCCUUGCUCAAAAGUUGAAAGACCUGGAACAAAUACAAGUAAUGGUCAAGCGUGCCAAAGAGCCUCUGCCUCCCGUGCGGAUGCCUUCCAAUCCCUCUCCGAGCUCAUCUAGUAGACUACCCACUUCUCAGAUUCAGACCCAAGAUCCGACGCAAAUCAAUAACCCACAGAGUGCAGAAACUCGAUCGCUAGAGUCUGCAUCUCGCAAUGAAUGGGAGAGGCAGAAGGAAAUAGAAGGUCAGUCAGAUACAAGUCUGGAUGCACUCAUGAGUAUGAUUGGCCUUGAAGAAGUGAAAAGCAAAUUUUUAUCUAUAAAAGUGAAAGUGGACACAGUGGUUCGUCAGAACACGAGCUUAAAAGAUGAAAGAUUCAGUGCAGCUCUGUUGGGGAAUCCUGGAACAGGGAAAACCACUGUCGCUCGUCUCUACGCAAAGUUCCUGUGUUCUGUGGGAGUUAUUCCUGGCGACACAUUCGUCGAAACAUCCGGCUCUCGAUUGGCGAGUGAUGGAAUCCCGGGUUGCAAAAAACACCUCGAAGAGAUUUGCAACGGUAGCGGCGGAGCGCUGUUCAUUGAUGAGGCGUAUCAGCUUGUUUCCGGACAAAAUUAUGGAGGCAGUCAAGUCCUUGAUUUCCUUCUUACAGAGGUCGAAAACCUUACCGGAAAAGUUGUUUUCAUUCUUGCUAGUUAUAGUAAGAAUAUAGAGGCAUUCUUUGCACACAACCCGGGCAUUCCCAGCCGGUUUCCCAUCGAAUUUCAGUUUCGCGACUAUAAGGACAUCGAACUACAGUAUAUUCUUCGUCAUCGAAUAGAACAAAAGUAUGGGGGAAGGAUGGAAAUUGAGGGUGGCAUUGAUAGCCUAUAUACUCGAAUUGUUUCGCGACGCAUUGGACGAGGUCGGGAACGUGAUGGGUUUGGCAAUGCCAGAGCUAUCCACAACGAAUUUUCGCGAAUAGCUGAUCGCCAAGCUAAGCGGCUGCAACAGCAACGCCGGGAAGGAUUGCACCCAGACGACAUGGUCUUGAAAAAGGAAGACCUGCUCGGCUCAGAACCUAGUUCGGUGUUGAGCGACAAUGUUGCGCUAACAAAACUCCAGAAGUUGACCGGAUUGGAAAGUGUCAAAUCGGCUGUUCAAUCGCUGCUAGAUACCAUCCAGUUCAAUUAUCGUCGCGAACUAGAGGAAAAGCAGCUGGUUGAGUAUUCUCUCAAUAAGGUAUUUGUAGGAAAUCCAGGCACCGGUAAAACCACAGUGGCAAAAUUAUAUGGCCAGAUUCUUGCCGACAUGGGCUUCUUAUCUAGCGGAGAAGUUGUUGUUAAAAACCCCUCCGACUUUAUAGGAAAUAUACUCGGUGCAUCUGAAAGUACGACCAAAGCAAUAUUAGCCUCCACUGUGGGUAAAGUCUUAGUCAUUGAUGAGGCGUAUAUACUUUCUAGAGGCUCUUCCUCCACAGGAGGAAUGUCUAGUUCCGAUCCCUACAAGACAGCUGUCAUCGACACCAUCGUUGCGGAAGUGCAGAGUGUCCCAGGAGAUAACCGCUGCGUCCUAUUACUUGGCUAUAAAGACCAGAUUGAGGCCAUAUUUCAGAACGUCAACCCAGGCCUCUCCCGCCGUUUCCCCAUAGACUCGGCUUUCCAUUUUGAGGACUACACCGACAGUGAUCUCCAGGAAAUUUUGGAGUUAAAGCUAGCACAGAUUGGCUUCGACGCAACCCAAGAGGCAAAGAAGGUAGUACUCGAAUACCUUCGCCUAGCUCGCAACAAGCCCCAUUUCGGCAAUACUGGUAAAGUGGAUAUUCUUCUAGAUCGUGCAAAGAUAGAGCAUCAAAAGCGCCUAUAG